AUGCGCAUCCUGAACGUCCUGGAAGCCAGCAUCCCGAGCUUGGAAGGAGACAACUUCGUGCGCAUGGCACUUCUCGAGAAGCUGGAUAUGGAACUGGACAAGUCCAAACAGAUGCUCCAACUGCGCUGCAGGGAACUGUUGGGCAGUGAUCUGGCCGAGCUGCGGAUCCAGAAGACGGAGAGAAAGGCCUUGCUGGACAAGAUCGACCGCAUCAACCGUCAAAACACCCAAGAAAUCUCUGCGCUGCGAAGUCAGGUGUGGGACAUUCCGGAAAGCAGCAAGGCACUCGUUCAGCGCGUCCUGCUGGAAGCACAAGCCUCUCCAAGUACAGGUGAGUUGGGACGCGAGGGCCAAGCAUGCAUGCUCGCCACCAUGGAGCAGAAACUGGUCCAUGUCUUGUCUCCCAACGGCUCCAAAGACGAUGGCCAGGUUCCCAAACAGCCAUCCAGGCUGGAGAACUCCUUCGUCCAGGAACGUGUGGCCACGCUCAAGCAGCAAAUGGCAGCGCUGACGGAGCAGGUUGCAACCACGAAGCGGCAAAUCAGCGCUCUUGUUGCGGCGAAGGAGGAGCUGACGGAGGAGCUCCAGAGCAGACGAGGCGAGGUGAUGGAUCAGCGCUCCUCCUGCCCGAGCUCCUCCGCUUCCUUGGCCUCCGUCUCCAACCGGUCCAGGAGCCCCUUAAAUGCGCCGUUGGCUCUACCCAAAGGGCGGCCCAAUCCCAAGGAUCCCCGAAGGCGGAUGGACACUAGCUCCUCUGCCUCGAAUGACAGCCGGCCUUGA